AAAGCUUUAAAAAGAGAAGGGUGCCAACGCACCGUUCAUCCGCAUCUUGCCAUCACUCUCGCACUUGUGAUUAUUCCCUUUCUAGCACCACACCAAAUCCACGCCCAAAAUCUAGGGUUUCCAUGGACACCGCCGGAAAGAUCAAGAAGGGCGCCGGAGGAAGGAAGGGUGGUGGCCCCAAGAAGAAGCCGGUGACCAGGUCCGUCAAGGCUGGUCUCCAAUUCCCCGUUGGAAGAAUUGGGCGUUACUUGAAGAAAGGAAGGUAUGCGCAGCGCGUGGGAACUGGUGCUCCCGUUUACCUAGCUGCUGUUCUCGAAUACCUAGCUGCUGAGGUGCUUGAGUUGGCUGGUAAUGCUGCUCGUGACAACAAAAAGAAUAGGAUUAUCCCCAGACACGUGCUUUUGGCUGUGAGGAACGAUGAGGAGUUGGGGAAAUUGCUUGCUGGAGUUACCAUCGCUCAUGGUGGUGUGCUUCCCAACAUCAACCCUGUGCUUUUGCCUAAGAAGACUCAGGCUGCUGCUAAGGAGCCCAAAUCCCCAUCCAAGGCCACCAAGUCUCCCAAGAAAGCUUGAUGAUAAAUGCCUAGAUUAAUUGUUUUCGGUUUAGUAUGUAUAUUAGUCUUUAGAUGCUUUUGUUGUAAAAGAAAAAUUUCAUGUGUUGGAAGACACUGUAAUUUUUAUCUUGUUUUCUCUCAUUUAAGAGUUUGCUACAUUAAUGGAAACUUCUUGUUUUCGGUUCAAUUUUC